GCACUGCCAUUCAGUACUUGGCGGAACAGAAAACGUAUAGCACGUGCGCUCGGUUCCAUUUGCGUGUGUGAGUUAUGUUGUUAUUUGUGUGCCUGUGUGCGAUAGCAGCUGCGUCCGCGAAAGACGCACCAACGGUAAACAUAAGGCAAGGUGUGAUAAUAGGAUCUCGAGUAGCCGAUGGAAAUUACAUAUCAUUCUAUGGAAUUCAUUAUGGCGGUUCGACCUCGGGUGAAAACAGAUUCAUGGCACCCACUGAACCACCUGUAUAUCCUGGCGAAUACCACGCUGUCAGCAGUGACAUAAUAUGCGCUCAACCUUCUCCACGAGGACUUAUUGGUAUUGAAGACUGUCUCGUGCUGAACAUUCACACAAAGAACUUGACAACGCCUAAACCAGUAAUAGUAUGGCUUGAAGGCGAAGAAUAUCAAUCGACAAGCAAUAUUUUGUAUUCCUUUAAGGAAUUAGUUGAAAAAGAUGUAGUAGUUGUUUCUAUUAACUAUCGGUUAUCUAUCUUUGGUUUUCUAUGUCUAGGCGUUCCAAAAGCACCUGGUAAUGCUGGAUUGAAAGACGUCAUUCAUGGAUUAAAAUGGAUUCAAUCUAAUAUAGCCGCUUUUGGAGGAGAUCCCAGUAAAGUAACAUUAAUUGGUCAUGGAUCUGGAGCAGCUAUGGUAGAUUUGAUCACUUUGUCGCCAUUAUCUCGAGACUUAGUACAUAAUGCCAUAGUACUCAGUGGUUCAGCAUUGGCUCCAUGGGCAAUGGCGUAUGAUCCUAUAGGUUACGCACAAAAAUUCGGAGAAAAAUUGGAAUAUACUGGCCAAACCCCCACGGAAUUAGCGAAAUUGCUUUCUACGACCGACAUAAAUGUAAUAUCCAGCGUAUUAAACGAAUUCGAAUUUUAUAACAAUACGCCAUUAUUUGCGCCCUGUAUUGAAAACGCUAAAUUGAAUCCAAAUGGAACAUUUCUUUCUGAUGCUCCAAUUAACAUACUCAGAUCUGGUAACUAUACUGAUAUACCUUAUGUAGCUGGUUUCACAGACAGGGAAGGUACGAUGCGUGCUAAAGAAGCAGCUUACAAUAACUGGCUUGAAGUAAUGGAUAGUAGCUUUGAGGACUUUUUAACGGCAGAUCUUGUGUUUAAGACUAGAAAUGAUAGAUUAAACGUAAGCAAGAUUAUUCGUGAAUUCUAUUUCAAACAACGCCAGGUUAAUAUGGAAACUAUUGAAGAUUUCUUAGACUUCCAAGGCGACGUUUUAAUACUAGUACCAGUUACAAGAGGAGCAAUAGAAAGAGCCCUAACUUCGAAAUCUGAAGUAAGAAUGUUUGAAUUUGCAUAUAGAGGUGCAAAGAACUCUGACUGGGCGUAUCCUCAAAUACCCUUGACAGGCGUAAGGCACGGUGGUAUUCUGAAUCAUCUGUUUAAUUACGAUUUAAAAUCAAAUACAGCAAAAACAUCGAUCAUUGAUCGAACAGCGCAUUUUGUUCAAACAGGGAUACCUCAACCAACAAACAGCGUGGAAUGGAGACCCAUGCAGAACAGUUUCAACUUGUUGUACUUGAGCGGCGGGGAAGUUCAAACCGACAUUAUAGUUUACAAGGAAGAAGGACUAGGCAAUCGCAAUAGUGAACGUACAGACUUUUGGCACAAAUUAUUUAAUGAAUAUUAUCAACCUCCGAGACCUGUAUCUUCUGCGAAUAAUCUGUUAAGUUUUGGAAUAAUGACAUUAAUCACACAUAUUGUAGUAACACUUUUUUAAUUACAUAUUAUAAUUUAAAAGAAAUAUUUUUGAAGGCAA